AUGUUACGAGGUGGGUGUGGUCAUCCCUACCAAGUGGUCUUCUCAUUGUCCCACUUUACAGAAGUCCUCUCCGCCUCCGAGCCGUCGUAUCACAACAUUGACCGCAACCCAGUGGGGGAAGACGUACUACAAGAGAACCAUAACCACCCCAAACCCAAAUGCCUUUUCAGGCGCUUGACCUUCAAAAGAAGCAGAGUCCUCGUUGGGACACCCCAGCUCGGCGAACGUAUCCCGUCCACUGUCAUCCUCAAUGACCAAACCUCCGUCAUUCCACUCUCAGAAACCCACCGUGGCCAUUCGCCCCCCAUUACGCUGGGUGAGGAUACGAUAGCAGGUCCUUCGACCCUUCAACCACCUCUUAAGAGGACCGAAUCGGGUGAGGAUGGGGAUGAGUGCGAGUCAGUGUAUUACACUCCACCUGGCAUGGGGGAUUCGGUAUCUCUUCAUUCUUCUAAUGCCAAUGGAAGUGUGGAGGAGGCUGUGUUGGCUUUGGGUCAUGGCCAUGAUCACGCCGACGAGGAAGUUAUCGCCUCUCCAGCAGACAUCUACUCCCUCAUAGACCGCGGUCCACUCGGCUCCUCCCUCGCUGACAUUGAGAACAACAAUGAUGCACGCACCUCACGCACCCCUCUCACCAUCCCUCAACUACCCAUUGGCCCCAUCUCUGAAACGUCCUCUGGUAGUGCUAGCUCGGCCAGCCCAAGCUCAGACCCAGAACAAUCACCACAACGUCGGCAACUGACGGUGUUUCGACGGUGCACUUUGGCGUCAUAUGACGGGGACAUGCUGUCAAUUACGACGUGUGUGUCGGAAGUGGAGGGACCUCAUCGUCUCAGCGGGCCUCAUCCUUUCUUCUGUAAUGCCUCCGUCGCUGUCGUGCUCAAUAGCACGACGAUACCCAUGUCCUUCGCUACGCCUAACCUCCGCUACUUGUCCUGGACGUUCAACCUCCCCUUAUCGGCUCCCAUCCCACCUCAAUUCGAGUUCCCAUGGUUCGCAUUGAGACAUGUCCAGCAUGGAUUGACGUGGUCUUUGUUAACGAUUGUUGAGCUUGAUUGUCCACUCACCAUCGAAGAUUGUUUGUUCGUCCUUUCGGAGGGACAAGAUAACCUCGAAUGUGUAUCUUUUAGAACUGUUGACGGGCUUGGGGUAAAAUGGACAUCUACAAUCACAUUGCUCAGGUUGGACUCCCUGUCCGUUGAGGGAAUUGGCGAUCUAGGACCGCUGUUUUCGGUUCUGAGGAUGGAACGUCACCGACACUUGGGGAUGACUUCACAUACGCGUGGGGCGGAGGUGUGUGCGGCUACCCCUAGUCCGCAUGCUUUGAACGUUCGUUGGAGUUCUCUGACGCAUGUCGAUUUGUUCUGCCAUUUGACGAAGUUUGACCUUGUGAGGUUGAUGUGCGGACUGUGUAAUGUCGUUUCUUUUCAAUGGAGGGGACACCUCACCCCCGGUGCUUCGAUUCCUGGGGCCAUGGGGGCCGUACACAUGCUGAACCACCUAACGGAAGUGAUCGUUUACUCGAACCAAUCAGGGUGCGAAACCAUCCUCGAUAUCUUGACCGAAUCACACGGGGUGUCGUUGAGGAAGAUCAUCAUCGACAAGCCCGUCAUGCAUUUCUCCGCUUCCCUGAUUCCAAUACCAGGAGAGUGGGCUUUACGUAGUCGCAAAUUGGACGAAAUGAAAGCUGCGCUGUAUAGUAUCACACUCAACGACGUCGAACAUCCCAUCAGUAUAAGCGAUGCAUGGGCCAUCCUCUCGCAGUGCCGACAGUUAAAGGAGCUUGACGUUCAUGUUGCAGGGCGGGUGCCCCCGAAUUCUGGGCUACUACUUGCAGGCGUUGAGUUGAGUUCGGGUCUUCAAAUACUCAAAUUGGAUUUAGACGUUCCUGUUUCUAUCCUCUUCCGGAAUUUACGCCUACCCAACCUAGCCACACUGGAGAUGACGUUUUCAGACAGCAAUCACAUCCAUGCCAAAGGCCUUGAUGCCGCCCUUGAACGCUGGGGUUGCCCUCUUACAUGCGUCCUUCUGCGCAACUCGAAUAUCGGUGAGGGGACCUUGAUCAAGUGCCUGACGAGCGUCUCUUCGACUUUGAAAGACCUUCUCAUCUACGGCGCUGGUCCUCUAUCCGGGUGUACUAUGGGUAAACUCGCGCUUCAGCGGCUUAUAUUACAAGAAGGACUAAAACACGAUCUAUGUCCCAAACUCGAGAGCCUCACUUUGGAACCGUGUGUUGCGCCGGAUGGAGCGUUGGCUCAGCUGCUGUAUUCGAAGGCUCCGCCUUUGAGGUGCUGUGGGGGGGUGGGUUGCAACCUGUGUAUUGAGAAGAUCGUUCCGCUGAGGAGGGUGAGGGUUUCUUUUCUCAAGGUGGUGGUUCCGAAUAUGACCGAGGUUCGGGAGGAGGAUUUUAAGAUGAUAGGGAGGUUGAAGGAGACAGGGAUGAACAUUGAGAUCGUUGACUAG